CCAAGCUCUCUUAAACGCGACCGACUUACCUCAAACUUAUAAGCUUUACAUCACGCCGCAUAGCAACACACGACUUAAUUUUCUUGGUUUCGCAAAGCUAUUAGCAAUCGGUCAAGAUGAAGCUCGUCAGAUUCUUGAUGAAAUGUGCCAACGAGACGGUGACGAUUGAGCUCAAGAAUGGAACCAUCGUACAUGGCACAAUCACGUCGGUCUCCCCACUAAUGAACACCGCCUUGCGAACGGUGAAGAUGACUCCACGCGGUCAAGAUCCCAUCCCUCUUGACACGAUGAACAUCCGAGGAUCUACCAUUCGAUACUUCAUUCUUCCCGAUUCGCUUCCCCUCGAUACCCUUCUCAUUGACGACUCGGUGAAGCCCAAGAACAAGGCUCGCAAGGAGGCAGCAGAUCGAGGCACCCGGGGUGGAGGACGCGGCAGGGGCAGAGGACGAGGACGUGGUCGUGGCCGAGGCAGACCUUGAACAGGUCGUUAGUUCUGAUGGAUUGUUGGUAAAUAAUUUUACGGCAUAGCUGCGCCUUCGACGUGAUAGGAGAAGGUAGGCAGCUUGCAGUUCAGGCAAUGGAAAUGCUAUACUCGA